AUGAUAGUUAAAUCAAAAAGAAUAGAUGCAAUUAAAUCUGUAUAUAUAUUUUUUAAGAUUAGAUACUUGCUUUUAAAUAAUGUUAGAAGCAUAAAUAUUGUAAAUCAAUAUUAUUAUACUCCUUUAGUUUAUACGACAGACAAAAUUAUAAAAUAAUUAAGUAUGAAAUAACAAGGGAUUGUUUGUGUUUCGAAAUAAUUUACAGAGAUUAAAAAUAAUGAAAUUCUUUUAUCAAAAGAUAUUGUUAUCUAAUGUGAUUGA